UCCGUAUCCGUACCAGCACUGUGCGAAGUCACGGUUUCUUGUGUUUUUAUCCGCAGAAUUCACAUCUACUGAACAAAAUGUUUGGUUUUAAUAUGUUUGAGAAUGUUGGGCGUCCAUUUAAAACCCAGUAUCGUUGUUAUUCAGUGUCCAUGUUACCUGGUAAUGAAAGACAAGAUGUAGAAAAAGGAGGAAAAAUAAUUAUGCCACCAUCAGCAUUGGAUCAACUGUCCAGGCUUAAUAUUGUCUAUCCAAUGUUGUUUAAACUAACCAAUAAGAAAACAGACAGAAUGACUCACAGUGGUGUUUUAGAAUUUGUUGCGGAUGAAGGCAAAAUCUAUCUUCCAUACUGGUUGAUGCGUAAUUUAUUAUUGGAAGAAGGUGGAUUAGUUCAAGUUGAAAGUGCUAGUCUACCUGUUGCAACGUAUUCCAAAUUUCAACCACAAGCAUCAGACUUUUUAGAUAUAACCAAUCCCAAAGCUGUAUUGGAAAAUGCCUUGCGUAGUUUUGCCUGUCUAACCACAGGUGAUAUUGUUGCUAUUAAGUAUAACAAAAAGGACUAUGAGUUAUUGGUUAUGGAAACCAAGCCUGGGAAAGCCGUCUCUAUUAUUGAGUGUGACAUGAGCGUGGAGUUUGAUGCACCAGUCGGAUAUAAAGAACCAGAAAGACAAUUACCUCAUCAACCACUGGAGUCAGAGGAUAUGUCUAUAGAUUCAGCUGACUUAGCUGUGGAUAGAUUUGUGGCAUUUCAAGGCUCUGGUCAUCGAUUGGAUGGUAAGAAAAAAAGAACAGAAACAAAAUCAUCAAACAUACUUCAGUCAACUUAUACUAGAGGUAUUCCUAAUUAUGAAUAUAAAAAAGGCAAAAUCACUUUUAUAAGAGCACCAAAACCAGUUGAUAAAACACAAGAAGGAGAAAACUCAGAACCUCAGUUUGAGGCCUUUUCUGGAGCGGGUCAGCCACUGAGGCGAAAAGGACACAAGGGAUUACAAAAAUAAACCAGAAACAUCCAAUAUAUUUUAUAUAUUUAUUUAUUGAUUACUGGGUAUCAUUGUAUCACAUGAAUUUAUCGUUUCUAAACAGACUCAGAAAUCCUGUCAGUAAAUAUAUCAACUAAACUGUGAUAAUUUCAUAUGAAUACCAUGCAGCUAGAUGAUUUAUUGCUUCAAGACCGUAUUUAUAGCAGUUUCACUAAUGUGACAGUGACAGCUCUACAGUCAUCUUAUGUUCAAUGUGAG